AUGGCAAUCAACUACCGCGUGAUGGAGCUAGAACAUAGCAUGAAAGCGCUCACCUUAACCGACCCGCGUUUCGAAGAGGUGCAACGCCGCGUUCGAGCCCUCACUCAGGAACUUCAAGACUCGAUCUUCGACUACGUUCUCGGUUCCUUCGAGGCCGGCGAAACAGUAAUCAUCGAUGAGGACUACAGGCCGCCAACAGCACUCUCCAUCAAUCACGCUACACGCAAGAAGCUCGCGACACAAUACUACUCGAAUACCGAAUUCAUCGUUAACUUCUCCGGUCGGCGCAACUUCGUAACAUGGUCCAGCUUUCUCUGGAUCCGUAGCGUUUCGCCAGAGCACUUGAGCCUCAUCAAGGAGCUCAAGUUCAAACACUCACUCAUCACUCGACGCCAGAUCGUGAAGGCAUUGCAGCAGCAUGAGAAUGUCUGGACCUCACAAGGUUUUCACUUUGGAAGCAUUCGUCUUCUCGCCGGUGUGUUGGCGCGUGUGGUGAGUGGAGGACAAGAGCUCAAAUGGCUGGAUCGACGCGAAAUUGCUGCACUUCCAUGGUAUGUACAUACUUCAUUCAUGUCGUUCGAUGUCAAAGGUCUUGCUAAUAUUACGCAGAGUGCCUUACGCCUGAAUUACGCAAGGAGAAUUAGUUUCGCUGGAGCUCAAGAGGUCUUUGCAGCUCGAGGCCGUCACAUCAAGGCAAUUGCAAGGUCUUCGCACAGCAACUCGGCGGCCAUCACCACCACGCUCUCGAGGCCCUUACUCUCACCAACAUACAUUUAG